UCAAAGAUAACGCAAAGUGCAGAAGACGACUGCCCAAAUCUCUUGCCAUCUUUGGUGGUCAAAGUUUUCGAUUCCAAAUACAUUUACAAUUUAUGGAUUACUGUGGAGGGAAGUUCCGCCUUAAUGAAGUGGACAAUGCUAAUCUACCACGCGACUUUACAGAGAUGGGGGAUUUCGUAUUUUUUUACGAAUGUAUUAUAAAGUGGACCUUGCUAGCUCGAGAAGUUAAGGAAGCUUUUGAGGAAUCAAGAGCACAAAAGAGGCCGUCAAGGGUUUCUUACAUUAAUGGUCUGAAUAAUAGCGGAUAUUCUAUAGCUUGA